AUGGCUCUGCCUGCGCCGCUCAUCUUUGUGCCAAAGAAGGUCACGCAGGAUGUCGACUUUGCACCUUCCCUCCGAUCCAUCAUCGCCAAGCAGUACGCCGAGUCGCCAGACAGCUACAGCGACGAACUCGGCGCACUCAACCGAGCGAGGCAGGAUGCGCUCAGGGGCUCUGCCGGAUCGGAUACGACGGCGAGGGAUCUCUUGUAUAAGUACUUUGGCCAGCUCGAGCUGCUCGAGCUGCGGUUCCCCGACUUGAGGGUUCCGUUCCCCUGGAACGACGCUUUCACGCAAGUCAAGAUCUCGCAGCAGUCGCUCGCCUACGAGAAGGCCUCCGUCAUCUUCAACAUCGGCGCGACCCUCUCUUCCCUCGCGGCCUCUUCUCCCCGAUCCGCUCCAGAAGGCCUCAAGCGCGCUUUCCACUCCUUCCGGUCGGCAGCGGGCAUGUUCGUCUACAUCAACGAGAACUUCCUCCACGCCCCGUCGACGGACCUCAGCAAAGAGGUCGUCAAGCUUCUCGUUGGCUUGAUGGUCGCGCAGGCGACAGAGGUCUUUAUCGAGACGAUGGGACCGGCGACGGGCAAGAGUUCGGGUCUGCGGAGCAAGCUGUGCAUGCAGGUGUCGAGCGCCUAUGCGGCGCUGGUCGAGGAUGUCAAGGAGUGGGUCACGAAGGGCGUCUUCCUCCGCGAGUGGAGCCUGCUCAUCCAGACUAAGGCGAAGUACUUUGCCUCGCUCGCCAACUACCACCGCUCUGUCGCCGACAACGCCGCCGGCAAGUACGGCGAAGCGCUCGCGCGGCUACAGAUCUCCGAGUCGCUCGCGAAAGAGGCGAACCGCUUCGCCCAGUCCUUCCUCGGCACGUUCAACUCGGUCGCGGCCGCCUCGUCGCUCGCGGCAGACGCGCCGAACGCCAUGUCUGAGCUCGCCAAGUCACACUUGAGCAUGGUCUCGGAGGCGCGGACGAAAGCGCAGAAGGACAACGACAUCGUCUACAACGAGGUCGUCCCGUCCGAAGCGUCGCUCGCACCUAUCGAUAAGGGCAAGCCCGUCGCCGAGCCGAUCCCGAUCCACGACGUCUACGCCACGCCCGAGGUGCAGAAGAUCGUCGGACCCGACCUCUUCCAGCGCCUCAUCCCGCUAAGCGUGCACGAGAGCGCCUCGCUCUACUCGGAGGAGAAGGCCAAGCUCGUCCGCGCAGAGUCGGAGCGCGUUGAACUUGCAGACGAGGAACUCGCCUCGGCACUCGAGUACAUGGGAUUGCCAGCGAGUCUCGCGCGCUUCCAAGCUGGCGCUGCAGCUCAAGCUUCUCUCGCCGAUCCAGGCCCGCAAGUGCGCGGAUGGGCCGACGAAGUCCGCCAUGGCGAGUCGAGCGGGCGCGUCGACGACCUCUUCCGCCGUCGCGACUCGCUUCGGGACCGAGCUGCCCAGCACCUCGACAAACUCGCCCGCGACCUCGACGAAGAGUCGCGUCAGUGCGAAACGAUGCGCGCCAAGUACGGGCACCUGUGGGAGCAGCAGCCUUCGUCGAGCGGGACGAGGUCGUUUAGGCAGGACAUUCGGUCGCAUCGCGAGUCGCUUGAGCAGGCUGCGGCAUCGGAUGCGCAGGCGCAAGGCUUGUGGGAGGGGAUCAGGGGCGACGUUGCCCUUCUUGCCGACUCGGAUGCGCUCGAGAGGGCUUUCGUUGAGGCAGUUGCGUCAGGCGGCGCAAACGAGGCGAGUCUGCUCGACACAGACCUAGGCGAUGACGACGAGGCCGAGACGACGAAGCGUGUUGAGGUCGUCUCCGAGGCUCUGUCGAGGCUCAACAAGAUCAAGAAGGAGCGUGCGGAGGUGCUGCGUGACUUGAAGGAGAAGGUCCAAAGCGACGACAUCUCGCAUAUCCUGCUCCUCAACCGCAAGGGCACCGCCGACGUCCAGCCGAACCUCUUUGCUACCGAGCUCGAGAAGUUCCGCCCGCAUCAGCAGCGCCUCACGCAGACCUUGCAGGCGCAGCAGUCGACCCUAGCCGACAUCAAUUCCGGCUUCAAAGCUUUGACCGAAGGGUCGAAAGCGCGGCAGGUGCAGGGACAGUGGGCCGCGGCCGAACGCAAGAAGCGCGAUCUCGUCACGCGUCUUGGACGAGCUGCGCAGGCGUACAGCGAUGUCCGCACGGCUCUCGACAAGGGCCUCCAAUUCUACCAGGACUUGGCCGACCUUGUCGAGGGCUUGCAGCAGCAGGUCAGCGGCUGGCUGUCCGGUAGGAACAGCGAGCGCGACAGGAUGGCGGGCGAGGCGGACAUCAAGCAGCGGCUCGAAAGCGGGUCGGGCGGCGGCGCCUCGUCGCCGUCGCCUCUCGACCGAGCGAUGGGCUCGCUCAACCUCGGUUUAGGCAGUCGGUCUCCGCCGCCGGCCGCCCCGACACCGCCUUCGUUCGGUUCGUCGUAUCACUCCUCGCAGUCGCCGCCUCCUCCCGCCAACCCGUACGGCGCCAUGCCGUCCACCGGUGCCUUCUCGCUCGAAGGCACGUCUCGGCCUGCACCUCCCUCCGCCCCUUCUCCUUACCAGCGACAGCCAUCGUACCCGCCUCCUCGACCGACAUUGCCUGCAACCUCUUAUCCUUCCCAGCCUUCCGGUUACGCCUCGCCUCCUCCGCCUGCACCGUACAGCCAGAUCUCGCGUAACGAGACUCUCCCGCCUCCCCCUCCGCCGGUUCAAUCUUCCUACCUUCCUCCGCCUCCUGCACCAGUCAAUUACUCGAGCUAUGCCUCUUCGCCCGGUUACACGAGAGCGUAUGGUCAAGCAACGCAAGGAGCGCAACAGCCGCCGUAUCCGCCGCCUCCGCCGCAGCAGCAGCAGUACUCGUCGUACAACGGAGCGCAGUACGGCGCGCCUCGUCCUCCACCCCCUCCUCGACCUUACUGA